GAACAUGGCGUACAACCAGCUGAGUGGACCCAUCCCCACUGGCGUAGGCCAGCUGCUCAAGCUCUCUGUCCUGCGGGUGUGGCACAACCAGCUCAACGGCGCCAUCCCUGACUGCAUCUCCCACUGCUCGCUGCUGCAAUCGCUGCACGUGAGCAUCAACCAGCUCACCGGCUCGCUACCCGAAACCCUAGGCCAGCUCUCCAAGCUAAGAAAACUGUGGGCGCACAACAACAGCCUCACAGGCGGCAUUCCCCAGUCCCUCAGCCAACUCGCUUUCCUGCAAGACCUGAAUGUGGGCAACAACAAGCUCACGGGCACCAUCCCUGCACCGGUCUUCACGCUCACCAUGCUCACGUCGCUGUCGCUGGACAGCAACAACCUCACGGGCUCACUGCCAGACGCCCUCACGCAGUUGCAAGAGAUCAAGAAACUCUUUUCCUCCCUCCAUCCCUCGCCCCCUCCCUCCUCCCUCCCGUCCCCUUUCCCUCAUCCUAAGCCCCUCCUCUCGACCUCCUCCUGCACUCCGCCACACCGCCACCACAGCAACCUGGCGAGCAACAGGCUCACGGGCAACAUUCCCAACAACUUUGGCACCCUCAAGUCACUCAAGUACUUGACGCUGUCCAGCAACCGUCUAGAGGGGGCCAUCCCCCCCGCUAUUGCUGCCUGCACCGCACUCAAGUCACUGGCGUUGAGCAGCAACCAGCUGAGCGGGUCCAUCCCAGAGGGGCUCCUCUCCCUCGCACUGCUCAGACAACUGGCGCUAGACAACAACAGUCUGAGCGGGUCCAUCCCAUCAGGCCUCACCCGACUCACCGGCCUCAGGACGCUGUUGUUGGCGGGCAACAGCAUCUCGGGCCCUCUCCUGCCUGGCCUCGCGUCACUCAAGCGCCUGGAAACGCUUAACUUAAACCACACGCAGCUCACAGGGUACCUCCCUCCCGACCUGGGCAGCCUCGAGUUCCUCGAAAAUCUGGGCACGGCCAACACGUCCCUGUCGUGCCCCUCCACCUCCUCCUCCUGCGUCUCGCCCCUCUCCAACGCCUCUCACUUCUGCCAGCUCUGCCCUCACUACUGCUCCGCCUGCCUUGCUGGCGCACCGGUGGCACGCACGGUGGCCAUCGCGGUGGGGGUGUCCCUGGCUGUGCUGCUGCUGCUGGGCGCGCUGGGUGGGUGGUUCAUCUACCAGCGCCUCAAGAAGCGCAAAGGCAUGGCCGCGUCCGCUCGAGUGCAAAGCGUGGAGGGAUUCAUGGAGUACUCGCUAGCCGAGGUCAAGAGGGCCACCAGGAACUGGGCGCCUGAGAACCGCCUGGGCGCAGGGGGCUUCGGCGACGUGUACAGUGGCGUGAACCCGCGUGACGGCAGCACGCGGUGGGCCGUGAAGCGCGGGCGCGUGGUGACAGACGACUUUGACACAGAGGUGCGGCAGAUGGCGACGAAGCACCACCCUCACCUGGUGCGGCUGCUGGGGUACUGCGACGAGGCGGACAAGGAGCAGCAGGAGCAGAUCCUCAUCUAUGAGUUCGUGCCCAACGGUGACCUCGACCACUGGAUCGGACCCCCAAAGACACCACCUGCUAUCUUCCUCCGUGCCCUCCAUGCGCGCUUGCCCGUGUCCGUCUCCCUCCCCUCCACACUGGACUCGCCAUCUUACCGCCUUCUCCCUCUGCACCACCCCCCUGUUUUCACAUACGUUCCCCUUCCUCUUCUCUCCCUUCCUGCCACCCUCUCCCCUCUCCCCUCUCACCCCCACCCCACCAUCCCACCAUGCCACUAUGCCACCAUCCCACCAUGCCACCAUCCCACCAUGCCACCAUGCCACCAUGCCCCCACCCCACCAUGCGACAAUGCCACCAUCCGUCUCAUGCCUACAGGCGAAGAUAGCGGACUUUGGGCUGGUGCGUGUGCUGUUGUCGUGGCCGUGCGCUGCUGCUGCGUGGGUGCGCCGCGCUUUGGAGUGCUCAUCCUGGUGAUGCUGACGGGCCGGGAUGUGGUGGAGUCAGCACAGAAGAAAUUCACCCACCUGCGCGACCUCGCCAAGCAAGCCGUCGCGUCUAACGAAACCACAGCCAUCCGCGACCCGGCCCUCCCCGACGCGCCCAGCGCAGCCCUGCUCGUGAUCGCGGACAUGGCAGUGCGGUGCACGGACCAGCGCACGGCGCUGCGCCCCUCCAUGAGCCAGGUGGUGAACGCGCUGCAGGCGGUGCGGCGGCAGCACCUGGGGGGCGACGAGGAGGAGCAGAAGAAGGCGGACUCAGCUGUGCUGGUGGACGAGGAGAUAGAGGCCAUGCGCGUGGAGCUCAGGGGGCACGAGGAUACACUGGACGAGGAGCUCAGUGCUGUCAUGCGCUCCAUGGCCACGCCCCGAGGGGCUGCUGCUGCUGCCACCCAUGGGUUCCCGCCGGUGUCUGGUUCGGGGGGCGGGUCUGCUGCUGCUGGGGUUGCUGGCUGUGAAGCAGCAGACACGCGGGUGACCAUUCACGACCCGCACCCGCUCCCCACGGCCUCUGAAGCGGCUUCCGCCGCUGCUGCCACUGCUGCUGCUUCAGCUGUCGCGGGCGUCAAGGCAAGCGAGGAAGAGGAAGUGGAAGAGGUGUCGCUGCAGUUCUACCUUGACGAGCCCGCACCUGCUUCACACACCCCACCGCCCGCCCCACCACCUGCUUCACACACCCCACCGCCCGCCCCACCACCUGCGGAACAGCCUGCACCGUUCCAGUUCUCUCCUGCACCAGACCCUUCCAAGCCCCCGCCUGGAAGUAGCGGCGAUGGUACAGCUCUGGGUGGUGGUGCUGAAGCAGGGAGAGGCCAGCACACUGUCUUGUCUGUGGACGACUCACAGCAAGGCAGGGCUUGGGAGGAGGAUCCCCCGAAUGGGGAUGUGCAUGUGGGAGGGCACCAAGCUGCUUCGCCUGCCCCACCACUCUUCAGGCAACCUGAACUCGAACCUGCGCCCAGACUUGAACCCCAAGAUGAAUCCGAGCCUGAACUCGAGGCUGAACCCGAGCCUGAACCAGAGGCUGAACCUGAGGGUGGCACUGGAUUCGUGCACAUGGCUGGACAUGGUCCUGGGAGGGAUGCUGGGCCCGUGCACGGGGAUGGGGAGGCUCCUAUUGCACUUCACGCACAGGGGGCUUCCAUGGGAGAGCCGCAUUACACUGUUGCUGCCUCUGCUGCUGCUACCUCUACUGCUUCUGCCUUGUCUGCUGGUGCUGCUGGGAUGGCUGGGCGUGGGGCAGAGGAUUCGGAUGCUGAAUCGUUCUCGUUCGGGACCCUUGCUCCCCACACUUCCCCUGCUGCCCUCACACCUCCUCCUGCCCUCACACCUCCUCCUGCCCUCACACCUCCUCCUGCCCUCACACCUCCUCCUGCCCUCACACCUCCUCCUGCCCUCACACCUCCUCCUGCCCUCACACCUCCUCCUGCCCUCACCCCUCCUCCUGCCCUCACCCCUCCUCCUGCCCUCACCCCUCCUCCUGCCCUCACCCCUCCUCCUGCCCUCACCCCUCCUCCUGCCCUCACCCCUCCUCCUGCCCUCACCCCUCCUCCUGCCCUCACCCCUCCACCUGGCCUCCGCCCACCACCAGGCAGGACCACAACCCCAGCAGCGCCCGUCCCACAGCCCGCACCUGCGUUGCCAUCACAGCAAUCACUGGGCCUCACAGCUCUCAUGUCUGAGGACUCCACCCAAGGCGAUGACCCAUUGGCAGAAAUACCAAGCUCCGACGCGCCCGACCCCGAUUCAUCCCACAGCUCAGACCCCUCGGGCGCAUCAGGGGAUUCUUCUAUCAGCCGGCAAGAUUCAGCUGGUGGGGGGGAUUCUUCUGGCUCUGCUCGCAAGAGUGCGCACAAGGGUGGUCGCAAAGGUCGUAAAGGAAGGUGA